AAGUGGAGCUGCGCAGUGUCAACACAAGCACACAAACGCACUUAACAUUAGAAGGGACGCACAGAAACAAACUGUUUUUUUUAUUAUUAUUAUUUCUUUCCCAGAGCUUUUAACCGAAGGGUUUAGCUGCAAGUUACCGAGUCGCGAUGCCUUUUCUCGGACAGGACUGGAGGUCACCGGGUCAGAACUGGGUCAAAACCGAAGAAGGAUGGAAAAAGAGGACAGCAGAAGACAAAAACAACAACGUCUCUGUGGAGAGCUUCUGCAACAAGGAGAACCUGCUGCUCUCUCUCAGCUAUGACGUGUCAGCCAAGAAGAGGAAAAAGGAUCUGAUGAACAACAACGACUCCAAAGUCCCCUAUUUCCAUCGGGAAAAGUGGAUUUAUGUUCAUAAGGGAAGCACCAAGGAGCGCCACGGAUAUUGUACACUGGGAGAGGCCUUCAACCGCUUGGAUUUCUCAAGCGCCAUCAAGGACACGAGGAGAUUUAAUUACGUUGUCAGACUACUGGAGCUUAUCGCCAAGUCGCAGCUCCCUUCGCUCAGUGGCGUGGCGCAGAAAAACUACAUGAAUAUUCUGGAGAGGGUUGUUCAGAAAGUUCUGGAUGACCAGCAGAACGUCCGCCCCAUCAAGGAGCUGCUGCAGACGCUGUACGUCUCGCUGUGUGGUCUCGUUCAGGACAUGGGCAAGUCGGUGCUGGUGGGGAACAUAAACACCUGGGUGCACCGCAUGGAGAACAUCCUGCAGUGGCACCAGCAGCUGGACAACAUCCAGAUCAACAGACCUACAUCGACAGGGAUGACCCUGACAGACCUGCCUUCCAGUCUGCAGCUAAACAUCAUGCAGCGACUAACAGACGGCAGGGACCUUGUCAGCCUGGGCCAGGUGUGUCCGGAGCUCGGGAACCUAGCUGAGGACCGCCUGCUGUGGAAGAAACUCUGCCAGUACCACUUCACAGACAGACAGAUCCGCAAGCGUCUGAUGGUUUCAGAGAAAGGUCACCUAGAGUGGAAGAAAAUGUACUUCAAACUGAGCCGCUGCUAUCCUCACAGAGAGCAGUACAGCGACACCUUGCACCUCUGCACACUCUGCCACAUCCUUUUCUGGAAGGAUACCAACCAUCCAUGCCCGGCCAACAACCCUGAAAGCUACACCACCUCCCUCUCCCCUCAGGACUUUAUCAGUCUGUUUAAUUUCUGAUCCCCUGCAACAAACACUCCCCUUCUCCUUCAGAACACCCCAGAAGUACGGACUGGACUGUACAUACUGUUCUUUGUACAUACAAAUGUUUUUGUUUCAUAUCUCAUUCAUGUCCUGGAUGUAUAUAUUUACUUACGGCAUGGAUCUGGAGGGAACGCAGGCUGUGGGACAAUUAUGCAAUUUGAUUUACUUUUGAAUUUUCGGGUGAGAUCAGAAGCUCAAAGAGUUUGAAAAGAGAUUUUGAAUGUGAUGGAGAAUGAAAGGAAUGUGAAAGUGGCUGGCCUGGGUGAGGAGAAGCUGAAUGCAGUAUUACCAAAAGCCAGUUUAACAAUGGCGUGUGCCUUUUUUUAUAAAACUUGAAGCAAUAUCUGCAAAAUUCUAGUCUUGUUUGCACCUUUUCUAAACUUUGAUAUUGUUUUUUCUGUAGUGCUUCAUUUUAAAGAGCAGUUAAGGUGUGGUGCUCUGUAACCAAAUGUUUUUAUUUUUUAGGAUAAAACUCCCUAUUUUUGUGAAGACUCCUGCAUGUAUUUUCAAACACCCAGCUGAUGAUGUGUUGUUUACAUAUUUAUUUCUGCAGAUUUCUGGCGAAUGGUUCAAUUAUCACUCUUUUUUUCUAUGCAAAGGAGGACUUUGUCACAGCUCAGACUUUGAGGAAUAAUGCACCUGCUAUGCAAUGC